AUGUGGCAGAGCUUCGCGUGGAUGUGCAAACACCGCGUGCCCAUCAACAAAAGCCAGAUCAAGGAAUUCCACAGGUUCGCCUUGGAGCCACUGCAGCCGCCCAGGCACACUCUCUUCGAGACGGUGAUUGCGUUGGACUCAGCCACGCAAUGCGCGAUGGGUGCGAAAGGUGCCUUGCAACGCUUGUCGCCCCCGGAGUCCGCCUUCGCGGUGAUCUUCAGCAUCAGGGAUGCAAUCAUUCAAGAAGCUGGCGAUGACGUGUUAGGGAAAUGGCGCCACGCGCUGUUGACGGCGUCGUUCUGGUUCGAGCUGGUGACAUCAGGGGGCGAUCGGUAUUGGAGGGCCCAAAACCUCCGACAGGAAGCCAUCGAGAUGGGCAUCGUGUCCCAAUUGUCCGUCCGCCAGUGGAUCUACGACGUCGUUGGCUUCAAGGCUUCCAAAGAGAAGGACCUGGGCAGGGAGUUGGGCAGCGCUCAGGUCGCGAAGCACUACCAUGAGAAGAUGAAGUACGCCAGGGGGACGGAGGGAGUCAGCGCGUCUUUCGUCGACAGCGCCCUCACCGUGCACAGGGGGGUCCUCAGCAACGAGACGGCGCGCCAGUGGCUCGAGUGGUGCGACGAGCACCUGAUGGAGAAGAGCCCAUGGAGCAAAUCGAUUUAUGCGUUGCAGGCCUUGGUCGACCGUGCGCAGACGACAUCUCGCAUUACCUGGGCCAUUUGCGGCCUCACGGAUCUCUACCGCAUGGACCCUAUCACCGCGGGGGGGGGCACGACCAGCAGGAUGAAGGACUACAGGCAGAGCUACAUCGAGGUCCUCAACCUGAAGCAUGCCAUGCGCGAUGAGUUGCUCCAGACGUGGUUGCCAGGGGUCGGUCUGCCAAUCGAGCACGUUAAAAAGAUGCAGGAGGCGUUCGCCGAUGUUCCGAACGCGCGCGCGUCAGUGACAGGCUACCCCGACGAGCCCACGGUGGACACUACGUGGACGGUCGGAUGGCCCCCAUCUUCGGUGGCGGCAUGCACCUUUCUGGAAGAGUGUAUCUACACUUGCUCCUAUGACGGCCGCUACAGGGACGCUGUAAAGUCGAAGGCAAAGGUUGCUGACAUCUUGGACAUCUUCAACGAGAGCGUCAACGCGCGAGCGCGACGAGAUGGCGCCAACGCUCUGGCCCAAGAGCGAGCCGCUGCAGCGGCGGCGAGAGGAGAGACCCCUGCAGUGGACCCAGCUACGCCAGCCCCGACAACUGGCACGACAACCGCGACUCCAGGGUCGAAGGGCUUUCACAGCAUGGAGCAGCAGAACCAAGAGUAUUGGGAGAAGAUCAUCAAGAAGCAUGUCCACACGUACGUGGACAUCAUCGUCGAGAAGAAAACGGCCGCUGAGCUGGAAAACGCAAUUCGCGAUUCCACUCUGGCGGGCACCAGGGGCGAUCCGACUGGUCUCGUGCUGUUUCACUUCGACGUCAAGCAGAGCGGCGAGCCCUUAACUCGCCCGGAGCUGCGGGUCGCCCCCCUGCGCGACGCGAACUACCACAGGCUGGUCAGGACCGUGCUGAACGCGCGUGCCCCGGCUGGCGGUGCCCCUGGUCUACGAUCUGGCGAAGUGGCUAUCCUGCUAGACGGCGGCAGGAGUGGCAACUCCAAUAAACUAAUUGCCCCGUGGCGCGAGGGGACUUCGAAGGACAGGAAGCAGGACGAUGAUGAUGAGGACGAAGAGGAUAAGAAGGACGACCCCGACGACGAGGACGGAACUGAGGUCCUGACCUUCACCUCCUCUGUCAUCAACAUCGUCUACUCCGAGGCCAGCAUCGCCAACCGCCGCAAGAAGUUGCGCAGCUGCACAGGUGGCCUUCACCAGUCCGAGUGCGCUCACAUGCUCUCACAUACGAAAAUCCCCCUGCAAGAGAGGUCACGGAAACACUAUCCUGGAAGCACGUCGGGCGACACAAUCAUGGGCGUCGAGGCGACCGAGGCCGAAAAGGAGUGGACCAUGAGUUGGUCGGACAAAAAGGCGCUCUACGGCACGAAGAACCUCAUCGCCGUCGGCGGCAAGACGAAAGGCGCGAGCCCGGACGACGUGGUCGAGCGCAAGACGGACUCCACGCAAGUGCCAGUCACGCACCACGGAAUGCCCCCCGCGUGGUACGACGAGCUCAUCCACAUGUGUUUCUUGAAGGCCAUCGUGGACUUGACGCCGCUGGACGCCAAAUUCGCUUGGCAGGCGGUGCUCAACCGCGCGGGGUACGUCGGCAUCGCUUUCACCGAGGAGCACAAGACUAUGAUCUACGCGAGGCUCGUCGAGCAGAUGAAUACCGAGAUGCGCCGGACGGGCUCCAAGCUCUACAACGCCCAGUACGCGAAGGCGGCAGGGCUCACCGAGACGCCGCCCCCAGCGCCACCGCCGAACCUCAAGCGCCGCCCCCGGCGCAAGCCCGUGGCGGCUCCCACGGCUGAGCCAGGCACUGGCGGGGAUGGCCGCUUCGAGGGCGCCCCCGAGCUGCGAGACGCCACUUCGAGGACGCCCCCGAGCUGCGAGAGGCCAAUUCGAAGACGUCCCCGAGCUGCGAGAGGCCACUUCGAGGACGUCCCCGAGCUGCGAGAGAUCGGGGACGUCCCCGAGCUGCGAGAGGCCACGUCGAGGAGAGGUAUGUUAGACUUCUCGCAGCUCGGGGGCGUUUUCAAGGACGCCCCCGAGCUGCGAGAGGCCAUGUCGAAGACGCCCCCGAGCUGCGAGAUGCCAAGAGGGCGCCCCCGAGCUGCGAGAGGCCAGUUCGAGGGCGCCCCCGAGCUGCGAGAAGCCAUUUCGAGGGCGUCCCCGAGCUGCGAGAGAAGCACUGCAGGGUUAGAGUUCCCCGAGAAGCACUUUGCAACGCGGCGCAUGGGCGUGCUGUUCACGAACGUCUUCGCCAGCGACUCGGCCAAGCCCUGCCAGAAGGUCAUCACGGCUGUGCACAAUCCUGGCAAGUUCUUCACAGACAUAACAGUGCGCACCCCUGAAGAGGAAGAGGAUACUGACGGUGCGACGAUCAAGAAUACGAUCACGAAGGAGAUGUCGGAAUACUUCGGCGCCGAGUCUGAGUUGAAGAUCUACAAGUGUUACGGGCAAUCCCCUGAUGGAGAUCCCACUGGCGACCAACUCGUGAACCUCAUCCAGUGGAUCUACGUCCGCAAGACCGACGGCGGCGACGGCGGCGACGGCGACGCCAGCUCCGACACUCAGCCUGAUCACCCGGCCGUCAGCAUACCCGAGAUCGAGACGUGGGCGAGGUACAACGACGAGUGGAAGAGGGUGAUGUUGCCGAACCUCGAGGGGCCCACGCAGGGCCGCCCACUCGUCAACGCGAGCCGCUUGAAACGCAGGGCGCUCGAGGAGUUCGGGUUCACGGACAUUGGCGAGCUCAUCCUCAGGGCCGCCGUCAUCCACUACAACGACGGGGGAGAUGCGGUGUUCCCAGCGCUCAGGCUCAACGAGCGCGUCAUUCACCGCAAAUGGUACUCGCUGGUCGUCGACAGGACCAUGGUUGACUUCGCGCUCGAGGGUGAGCAGAUCCAGAAUAAGACCAGCGCCGCUGGGGCGGAGGCCGCCGCGGGCGAGAUGGAACAGCGAUCUAGCAACGAAAACAUGGCUCGCACCGUGAUCAAGGAGGUCCACGAUGCGUUAAGCAAGAUCGCGGAGCACCCGGCGUUCAAGGACAUCGUUGAGCAGGAGCCGAAGACCAUGUCGGAUGGAGGCGCCCAAGCGUCAUUCAAGCAGGCUGACAUGAACGCUGCGCUGAACAGAGAAGCCAUCGAGAUGGGCAUCGUGUCCCAAUUGUCCGUCCGCCAGUGGAUCUACGACGUCGUUGGCUUCAAGGCUUCCAAAGAGAAGGACCUGGGCAGGGAGUUGGGCAGCGCUCAGGUCGCGAAGCACUACCAUGAGAAGAUGAAGUACGCCAGGGGGACGGAGGGAGUCAGCGCGUCUUUCGUCGACAGCGCCCUCACCGUGCACAGGGGGGUCCUCAGCAACGAGACGGCGCGCCAGUGGCUCGAGUGGUGCGACGAGCACCUGAUGGAGAAGAGCCCAUGGAGCAAAUCGAUUUAUGCGUUGCAGGCCUUGGUCGACCGUGCGCAGACGACAUCUCGCAUUACCUGGGCCAUUUGCGGCCUCACGGAUCUCUACCGCAUGGACCCUAUCACCGCGGGGGGGGGCACGACCAGCAGGAUGAAGGACUACAGGCAGAGCUACAUCGAGGUCCUCAACCUGAAGCAUGCCAUGCGCGAUGAGUUGCUCCAGACGUGGUUGCCAGGGGUCGGUCUGCCAAUCGAGCACGUUAAAAAGAUGCAGGAGGCGUUCGCCGAUGUUCCGAACGCGCGCGCGUCUGUGACAGGCUACCCCGACGAGCCCACGGUGGACACUACGUGGAUGGUCGGAUGGCCCCCAUCUUCGGUGGCGGCAUGCACCUUUCUGGAAGAGUGUAUCUACACUUGCUCCUAUGACGGCCGCUACAGGGACGCUGUAAAGUCGAAGGCAAAGGUUGCUGACAUCUUGGAGCACGAGAGCGUCAAGCGCGAGAUCGACGAGAUCGCCGCGACUCUGGCCCAAGAGCGAGCCGCUGCAGCGGCGGCGAGAGGAGAGACCCCUGCAGUGGACCCAGCUACGCCAGCCCCGACAACUGGCACGACAACCGCGACUCCAGGGUCGAAGGGCUUUCACAGCAUGGAGCAGCAGAACCAAGAGUAUUGGGAGAAGAUCAUCAAGAAGCAUGUCCACACGUACGUGGACAUCAUCGUCGAGAAGAAAACGGCCGCUGAGCUGGAAAACGCAAUUCGCGAUUCCACUCUGGCGGGCACCAGGGGCGAUCCGACUGGUCUCGUGCUGUUUCACUUCGACGUCAAGCAGAGCGGCGAGCCCUUAACUCGCCCGGAGCUGCGGGUCGCCCCCCUGCGCGACGCGAACUACCACAGGCUGGUCAGGACCGUGCUGAACGCGCGUGCCCCGGCUGGCGGUGCCCCUGGUCUACGAUCUGGUGAAGUGGCUAUCCUGCUAGACGGCGGCAGGAGUGGCAACUCCAAUAAACUAAUUGCCCCGUGGCGCGAGGGGACUUCGAAGGACAAGAAGAAGCAGGUCCUGACCUUCACCUCCUCUGUCAUCAACAUCGUCUACUCCGAGGCCAGCAUCGCCAACCGCCGCAAGAAGUUGCGCAGCUGCACAGGUGGCCUUCACCAGUCCGAGUGCGCUCACAUGCUCUCACAUACGAAAGUCCCCCUGCAAGAGAGGUCACGGAAACACUAUCCUGGAAGCACGUCGGGCGACACAAUCAUGGGCGUCGAGGCGACCGAGGCCGAAAAGGAGUGGACCAUGAGUUGGUCGGACAAAAAGGCGCUCUACGGCACGAAGAACCUCAUCGCCGUCGGCGGCAAGACGAAAGGCGCGAGCCCGGACGACGUGGUCGAGCGCAAGACGGACUCCACGCAAGUGCCAGUCACGCACCACGGAAUGCCCCCCGCGCGGUACGACGAGCUCAUCCACAUGUGUUUCUUGAAGGCCAUCGUGGACUUGACGCCGCUGGACGCCAAAUUCGCUUGGCAGGCGGUGCUCAACCGCGCGGGGUACGUCGGCAUCGCUUUCACCGAGGAGCACAAGACUAUGAUCUACGCGAGGCUCGUCGAGCAGAUGAAUACCGAGAUGCGCCGGACGGGCUCCAAGCUCUACAACGCCCAGUACGCGAAGGCGGCAGGGCUCACCGAGACGCCGCCCCCAGCGCCACCGCCGAACCUCAAGCGCCGCCCCCGGCGCAAGCCCGUGGCGGCUCCCACGGCUGAGCCAGGCACUGGCGGGGAUGGUCACUUCGAGGGCCUCUCGCAGCUCGGGGACGUCCUCGAAUUGGCCUCGCAGCUCGGGGGGCGUCCUCGAAGUGGCCUCUCGCAGCUCGGGGGCGGCCUCGACUUGAUCGGGGACGCCCCCGAGCUGCGAGAGGCCACGUCGAGGAGAGGUAUGUUAGACUUCUCGCAGCUCGGGGGCGUUUUCAAGGACGCCCCCGAGCUGCGAGAGGCCAUUUCGAAGACGCCCCGAGCUGCGAGAUGCCAGUUAGAGGGCGCCCCCGAGCUGCGAGAGGCCAGUUCGAGGGCGCCCCCGAGCUGCGAGAGGCAGACUGGCCAGCUUAUCAAGAAGGCCAUGCAGUACAUGAAAAACAAGAAGCCCAGGGUGUCGAUCUUCGAGAACGUUUUCACGCUGACCCACAAAAGGCUCAAGCCCGUGCUGGAUGGCAUCAUCAAGGGCUUGAUCAGCAUCGGCUACACUGUGAACUACAGCGUGCUCGAUUCACGCGACUACGGCAUUCCACAAGAUCGUCGCCGGGCGUUCGUGGUGGCCAUCAGGACAGACGCCAUCAAACAUGCAUUCAAUUGGCCCGAAAUCACCAAGCCGUGA